AUGUCCUCCCCAAAGUAUGGACUCGGACCAUGCUGGCCAUUCAAGAACCAGCACGAAGCGCGCCUCUUACACCACUACAUUGUCCACCUGUCACUCCAGUUCGACUCUUGCGAUAAACAGCGGCACUUUGGGAAAGAGAUACCAAAAAGGGCCGCGCAUUAUCCUGUCAUCAAGAAUGCGAUCUUCGCCGUGGCCUCACGGCAGAUGAGCCUCCUAGCAGGGACUGAUGACGACGUAUCUCCUCAUUAUGUGAGCGAAUGUCUUCGGAUCCUGAUUAAGGCUUUGGAAGACCCCAUGGGCCAUUUUGAUGAGAACCUGCUGGCUGCCGUCAUUCUCCUGAGAACUCAUGAGGAGAUGUCCGAAAACGAUGAACGACGCCACCUGUUCGGCACAACGCGGAUCUUAAACUCGAUAGCCUCCUUCGCAGCCGACGGCGGGCUCCGUGAGUCUGCUAGCUGGGUGUCGCUCAGACAGCACAUCUACAUCUCCCUCACCUCCCAGCACCCACUCACUAUCAACCUCACUAACUACCGCCAUUCGAGCGUCUUUCAUAUCUCCGAUGACGAAUCCUGGGCGAAUCGGAUUAUCUUCAUCUUUGCACGAAUACUUACCUAUGUGUUUGGUGAUGACAGCAGCCAGUUGUCCCUGGAGAAGUGGGCUGAGUUGGACGCCGAAGUCGCCGCCUGGGAGGUGUCUAAGCCGUGGCACUUUACACCUCUGUUCAUCGAGAGCCCCGGAGUCUCUGCACUGGAGUCGAACCGGAGUCCAUGGCCAGAGCUCUAUGUGUGCAAUCCGGCACAGGUGGUAGGACUUCAGCAUUACUAUUUUGCCAAGAUUGUCCUAGCCAUUUAUGACCCUCGGCUCUCAAAGUUGAGUUUUGGAUCAUUGCGUUUGAGAAGGGACUCUGAAUCCGUGGUCCGCGAGUGUCUUCGAAUGGUGGUCGGUCUAGCGGUCAGCAAUGACCAUGUUCAGACCGCAAUGUUCCAGGGGUCCCAUAUUCUUUCUGCAUGCGGCGUGUAUCUGAACAAUCGAGAGGAGCAGGAAGCCGCUGUCAGCUUCUUGGAACAGAUGACCCGGCGCAUGGGUUGGCAGACUACACACAUCAUUCGCGACCUCAAGGAACAGUGGCAAAUCUGA